AUGAUUUUAGUUGCAGAUGCAGAUCCUCGGGAACUCGAGGAUGUACGACACAGCCGAUUCACGAAGAAACCCGAAUCAUCGAUCGGGUCGAAAUAUUUGGUCCGUUUUAGCUUAUCCUACUGGAAACGAAGAUCUGGAAUAUGUCAGGUUUGUGGAGAUAUCAAUAAGGUGAGCGACGAGGGCUGCACUGAAUGGCAAAGGGUUACUUUACCUAAUUUAUUGAAAAAUUACCAAGCAGAGGACAUUUUCAAUGCAGAUGAGACGGGUUUAUUUUUCAAUUGUCUUCCAGAUAACACAUUAACUUUCAAAAACCAAAAAUACCAUGGAGGAAAGAUUAGUAAACAGAGGGUUACAUUGAUGAUUGGUACGAACAUGAAUGGCUCAGAAAAACUUAAAUUGCUCUUGAUAGGUAGAAGUAGUGAACCUCACUGUUUUCGAGGUAUUAAAUGGUUGCCUCUGGACUAUCGAGCAAAUAAAAAUGCAUGAAUGACGGGAAAAUUAUUUGAAGAAUGGCUAUUGAAAUUAGACAGACAGUUUGCAAGCGCCAAAAGAAAUAUCAUUCUUUUCAUUGACAAUUGCCCAGCCCAUUCUAAAGAUCUCCAAUUAAAACUAGAAUUCAUAAAACUUGCUUUUUUCCCUCCAAAUAUGUCAUCAAAACUACAACCACUGAAUCAGGGUGUCAUACAAACUAUGAAGUGCCAUUAUCGCCGAAGAAUAUUAAAGAAAACUCUUAAUUGCUUAACAAAAAACAAAAAAAUAAACAUUUCACUAAUGGACUGCGUUGAUGAAAUAUCCAAUGCGUGGAAUAUGGAUGUUAAAUCUGAGACUAUUGCUAAUUGUUUCCGAAAAGCUGGCUUUGAUCAGUAUUCGGAAUGUCUAGAAGAGGGUGAAAUUCCUUUACAUUUCCUAAGUGAAAGAUUGGAAGAAACAAGUGAGGCAGAAAUUCAACUGCAGCAACAAUAUGAAGCAUGGAAAAAUGUGCAAGAUUCACAAGGUGUUACCCUUCAUGAUUAUCUGCAUGUGGAUGACGAUGUUGUUACUUCAGAGUUUUCCACAGAUAAAGAAAUUGUCCAAUAUUACAGUUCUGAGUCAGAAGUCGUACAGAACAAUGAAAAUGAAAUGACGGAUGAUGACUUGGAAGAUGAUAUGCAACAACCUCCUUCUAAUGAAUCAAUUGCAAAUUCAUUGAGCAUUUUGCGUUCAUUUUUUAAAACAAACGAACAUACCACCGACUCGCUUUAUAACGGUUUGAACAACAUUGAAGCUUUUUUCGAAAACCAAAAUAAAAAAUCCUCUUGAGAGUAACAAUAACGAAUGAAGAAUUUUACCUGAAUCAAUAACCGAAAUUUUCACAUUGAAAUAAACGCUGAAAAUGGGGAUAAGUACAUAAAAAAGAAGGCUGCAGAAAAAGAAUAAUUAAAUAGGAGAAGGUUCUAUUGACUACAAAUAUUUCUAAUUGCUAUCUCAUUAGAAGAAUUCAUUAUAUUUGUAGAAAUUUUGUUGAUGAUGUGAGAAUACGAAAUAUGUAUCUACACCAAACUUAUUUCAUUCAAAGGUCAAUAAACUUAUUUUAUAUGU